UUUCUUCUAAAUCUCUCAAACCAUAUAGAUCACCAAAAACUGGCACUUACUUUGCGUAUAAAUUUGACAAUCCAAAAGAAAACCAAAACCCACUGCAGAGCAGAGCCUUUCACCUUUCCCGAUCUUUCACUUUCCACUUUCCAUAAAAAAUGAACCACAAAUUCUCUGCAGCAUAUAUCUUCCUCUUCCACAUUUCCAUUCUGCUUCCAUUAUUAACCCAAAGCUCAAUUUUUCCACAGGCAGAACCCGACAAUCUGAUUGAGAAAACAUGCAAGAAAACACCCCACUACGAUCUCUGCAUCUCAUCCCUAGAAUCAAACCCACAAAGCUCAAAUGCUGAUCUUAAUGGACUGGCCAUGAUAAUGGUCAACAUCGUGCUCUCAAAUACAACAAGCACACUGGAUUACAUCCAAGCCCUACUGAAGCAAGCCCCAGAGCCAGAGUUGCAUAGAGCCUUGGCAAACUGCGCUGAAUUGUACAUCCCAGUGGUGAAAUACAGCCUCCCACAAGCCAUUCAAGCGUUGAGUGAAUGCCAUUAUGGGUUUGCAAACUAUGGCGUUUCUGAUGCUGCCAAGGAGGCCGAUGCAUGCGAAAAGGCAUUUUCUGGAUCAAUCAAGUCUCCACUCACUGAUAGGAACAGUAUAGUGCAUGAUCUUUCAGAUAUAGCUACUGCCAUAAUCAAUGCACUGCAAAAAGAUUGAAUCUUUUUCUUCUCUAAUAUUAGCUUCACUCUUCUUUGAUCUUGCAUAUAAGUUAGACUUUAGAACUUGGAAGUAGUAAUUUUCAGCCAUAGAUAAUCGAAUUUCAUGUUAUUUAUUUUCGUGUUCCAUGUCUAAUAGAGAUAUAUUAAUUUUUCAACAAAAAAAAAAUAAAAAAAAUAAAAAAAUAGAGAUACAUUAAUGGAUGGAGAUUUGCUUUGCUGGGAUUGGGUUGGGCCUAAAUGUGCAAGACAAUGCCGAAGCUCAUCUGGAUUUAGGGCUCCUUAACUCUGGCCAAAAAGAUUAUUCCUUUCAAUCGCUUUUGAUUCUUUGGUGGGCCUGGCCGGAUCAAAGGAGAAAGAAAGAACGAAAACCUUGUAAAUAUUGUCGUAUUUCUAUUGGGUGAUGUCUAAAUUUGAGUUUCCGAUCAAAUAUUAUUAGCAUCCUUUUGGUUU